AGCCGGAGAGGAUGAUAGUGGUCACACCUCUGGCCAGGGCUGCUCGCGUGGUUCCUUAAAAGGUGAGCUCAAGGCCUGCACCGGGACAGGGCCAGGCUUCUCUUUAUCAAGCCUCUUGUCCGCCUUUUCCCUCUCACCUCCCCUCGUCCCUUUCGUUCCCAUUAACAUCUCUCAUACACGCUUGCUACAAUGAUUUCCCCAAUUUCUUCCAUCGGUCUGCUAUGGCUGUGCACUCACUUCGGCGCACUCGUCGGGUCUACAGCAAUUCCGCCAAAUAAUAUUUUUUCCAGACAAUCCACUACCCCCGAUGGUACCUGUGGUGUUCAAAACUCUGGCAACGGGAAUGGCUAUCGUUGUCCAGCUGGCUCCAUACAGUGCUGCUCUCAGUGGGGAUGGUGCGGAGGUAGCUCAGAGUAUUGUGGUAUGUGACCCUUGCGUGAGAUCCUGAUGUUUGUCUCGCCUGCUUACCUGAUAUAGGACCUGGUUGCCAAUCUAACUAUGGGGUAUAUCCAGUCCGAGCCACUGAUUCUCUCUGCUCUUAGCUGAUUUGUUGGAUAGAGUUGUACUGGUGGAGGCGGAGGAGGAGGAGGAGGUGGUGGAGGCGGAGACCCUCCUCCUUCUGGAGGACGUUCGAGGCCUGGAAGUGUUCCUUACGGUUUGCCGCCACUUCUCGGGCAGUGGGGGGAAAGGCUUGAGGGUAACGGCUCUGACAUUGCUUAGGGGCGGAAAUAUCAAGUUGCACCGCUGGAGGCGUUGUAGCCCUGACAUUUGAUGACGGGCCUCACAUGUAUGUCAUCCUCCGCUCUCAAAUUGUCGGCUUGCAUCCCGCUGAUAGUUGUAUAGCUAUACCUCCGAGUUGUUGGAUCUUCUCGGGCGGUACGGGGCCAAAGCGACUUUCUUCGUCAAGUAAGUUUUCAUACCUCAUCAAAAGACUUGUUAAGAGAUUUGUUGACAAGGAUAAACCAAGUGGCCAAAAUUGGGGAGCACCGAUUACCGACGGAUCUAAACAAGACUUGCUUAGGAGAAUGGUUGGCGAGGGACAUCAGAUUGCCUCUCACACGUAUGCAGCUUUCCGGAAAUAAGCUCCCCCUUGGACCGUGGCUAAAUGGCUAACUUUUUAUUAGAUGGUCGCAUCCUUCCUUGAGUUCUUUGUCUACCGCGGAUAUGAGCUCACAAAUGACCUCCCUCGAGAGCGCAAUCGCUAGCGCGAUUGGGAGAUAUCCCACGUAGGAGCAUCCGGGGAUCCCUCCAUGGUUGUGUAAUCCCGCUGACACCUCGGUAGAUACAUGCGCCCUCCUUACUUUGAUUGCAAUAGUGCUUGUUUAGGCGUUAUGGAUUCACUUGCAUACCAUGUAAUGUACUCGAACCUAGAUACUCUCGACUGGGCAAACCAGGGAAAUAUCCAGGCUUCGAUGAACAUAUUUACCCAGAGUGUAGCUUCCAACAGCCUCGUUUUGGCGCACGACGUGCAUGAUGCAACUGUCCACACCUUAGCGGAACACAUGAUUGUGGAAUCGCAGAACCGAGGACUAAGACGUAAGUUUAUCAAUGUCGGCAUUUUGUAAACCGCCAAAGCUAACAAAGAUACAGUUGUCACCGUUGGCGAGUGUCUUGGAGAUCCUGCGGAUAACUGGUACAGAACCUAGGAAGUUGCGAAUUGUGGGCCAAUGCUCCGGGCUCCAGCGAGCAAGGGCGUUAAUGUUUAGGCAUAAUCUUGCGGCUUUUGUUAAAUGGGGGAACGGAUCUCUUUUCCUGCGUCAAUAAUAUUCCCAUACAAGAGCGUUGUGAUCAUGGAGCAUUUAUAUUUAUGUUUUUCCUCCUUCCUUUCUCUGCCGUAUGCUGGCGCCUUUACUAGUACAUCAUAACUCAUGAUGAUAAUUGAAGAAGUUAAUUAUGCGAG